AUGAUGAUGAUGAUGAUGAUGAUGAUGAUGAUGAUGAUGAUGAUGAUGAUGAUGAUGAUGAUGAUGAUGAUGAUGAUGAUGAUGAUGAUGAUGAUGAUGAUGAUGAUGAUGAUGAUGAUGAUGAUGAUGAUGAUGAUGAUGAUGAUGAUGAUGAUGAUGAUGAUGAUGAUGAUGAUGAUGAUGAUGAUGAUGAUGAUGAUGAUGAUGAUGAUGAUGAUGAUGAUGAUGAUGAUGAUGAUGAUGAUGAUGAUGAUGAUGAUGAUGAUGAUGAUGAUGAUGAUGAUGAUGAUGAUGAUGAUGAUGAUGAUGAUGAUGAUGAUGAUGAUGAUGAUGAUGAUGAUGAUGAUGAUGAUGAUGAUGAUGAUGAUGAUGAUGAUGAUGAUGAUGAUGAUGAUGAUGAUGAUGAUGAUGAUGAUGAUGAUGAUGAUGAUGAUGAUGAUGAUGAUGAUGAUGAUGAUGAUGAUGAUGAUGAUGAUGAUGAUGAUGAUGAUGAUGAUGAUGAUGAUGAUGAUGAUGAUGAUGAUGAUGAUGAUGAUGAUGAUGAUGAUGAUGAUGAUGAUGAUGAUGAUGAUGAUGAUGAUGAUGAUGAUGAUGAUGAUGAUGAUGAUGAUGAUGAUGAUGAUGAUGAUGAUGAUGAUGAUGAUGAUGAUGAUGAUGAUGAUGAUGAUGAUGAUGAUGAUGAUGAUGAUGAUGAUGAUGAUGAUGAUGAUGAUGAUGAUGAUGAUGAUGAUGAUGAUGAUGAUGAUGAUGAUGAUGAUGAUGAUGAUGAUGAUGAUGAUGAUGAUGAUGAUGAUGAUGAUGAUGAUGAUGAUGAUGAUGAUGAUGAUGAUGAUGAUGAUGAUGAUGAUGAUGAUGAUGAUGAUGAUGAUGAUGAUGAUGAUGAUGAUGAUGAUGAUGAUGAUGAUGAUGAUGAUGAUGAUGAUGAUGAUGAUGAUGAUGAUGAUGAUGAUGAUGAUGAUGAUGAUGAUGAUGAUGAUGAUGAUGAUGAUGAUGAUGAUGAUGAUGAUGAUGAUGAUGAUGAUGAUGAUGAUGAUGAUGAUGAUGAUGAUGAUGAUGAUGAUGAUGAUGAUGAUGAUGAUGAUGAUGAUGAUGAUGAUGAUGAUGAUGAUGAUGAUGAUGAUGAUGAUGAUGAUGAUGAUGAUGAUGAUGAUGAUGAUGAUGAUGAUGAUGAUGAUGAUGAUGAUGAUGAUGAUGAUGAUGAUGAUGAUGAUGAUGAUGAUGAUGAUGAUGAUGAUGAUGAUGAUGAUGAUGAUGAUGAUGAUGAUGAUGAUGAUGAUGAUGAUGAUGAUGAUGAUGAUGAUGAUGAUGAUGAUGAUGAUGAUGAUGAUGAUGAUGAUGAUGAUGAUGAUGAUGAUGAUGAUGAUGAUGAUGAUGAUGAUGAUGAUGAUGAUGAUGAUGAUGAUGAUGAUGAUGAUGAUGAUGAUGAUGAUGAUGAUGAUGAUGAUGAUGAUGAUGAUGAUGAUGAUGAUGAUGAUGAUGAUGAUGAUGAUGAUGAUGAUGAUGAUGAUGAUGAUGAUGAUGAUGAUGAUGAUGAUGAUGAUGAUGAUGAUGAUGAUGAUGAUGAUGAUGAUGAUGAUGAUGAUGAUGAUGAUGAUGAUGAUGAUGAUGAUGAUGAUGAUGAUGAUGAUGAUGAUGAUGAUGAUGAUGAUGAUGAUGAUGAUGAUGAUGAUGAUGAUGAUGAUGAUGAUGAUGAUGAUGAUGAUGAUGAUGAUGAUGAUGAUGAUGAUGAUGAUGAUGAUGAUGAUGAUGAUGAUGAUGAUGAUGAUGAUGAUGAUGAUGAUGAUGAUGAUGAUGAUGAUGAUGAUGAUGAUGAUGAUGAUGAUGAUGAUGAUGAUGAUGAUGAUGAUGAUGAUGAUGAUGAUGAUGAUGAUGAUGAUGAUGAUGAUGAUGAUGAUGAUGAUGAUGAUGAUGAUGAUGAUGAUGAUGAUGAUGAUGAUGAUGAUGAUGAUGAUGAUGAUGAUGAUGAUGAUGAUGAUGAUGAUGAUGAUGAUGAUGAUGAUGAUGAUGAUGAUGAUGAUGAUGAUGAUGAUGAUGAUGAUGAUGAUGAUGAUGAUGAUGAUGAUGAUGAUGAUGAUGAUGAUGAUGAUGAUGAUGAUGAUGAUGAUGAUGAUGAUGAUGAUGAUGAUGAUGAUGAUGAUGAUGAUGAUGAUGAUGAUGAUGAUGAUGAUGAUGAUGAUGAUGAUGAUGAUGAUGAUGAUGAUGAUGAUGAUGAUGAUGAUGAUGAUGAUGAUGAUGAUGAUGAUGAUGAUGAUGAUGAUGAUGAUGAUGAUGAUGAUGAUGAUGAUGAUGAUGAUGAUGAUGAUGAUGAUGAUGAUGAUGAUGAUGAUGAUGAUGAUGAUGAUGAUGAUGAUGAUGAUGAUGAUGAUGAUGAUGAUGAUGAUGAUGAUGAUGAUGAUGAUGAUGAUGAUGAUGAUGAUGAUGAUGAUGAUGAUGAUGAUGAUGAUGAUGAUGAUGAUGAUGAUGAUGAUGAUGAUGAUGAUGAUGAUGAUGAUGAUGAUGAUGAUGAUGAUGAUGAUGAUGAUGAUGAUGAUGAUGAUGAUGAUGAUGAUGAUGAUGAUGAUGAUGAUGAUGAUGAUGAUGAUGAUGAUGAUGAUGAUGAUGAUGAUGAUGAUGAUGAUGAUGAUGAUGAUGAUGAUGAUGAUGAUGAUGAUGAUGAUGAUGAUGAUGAUGAUGAUGAUGAUGAUGAUGAUGAUGAUGAUGAUGAUGAUGAUGAUGAUGAUGAUGAUGAUGAUGAUGAUGAUGAUGAUGAUGAUGAUGAUGAUGAUGAUGAUGAUGAUGAUGAUGAUGAUGAUGAUGAUGAUGAUGAUGAUGAUGAUGAUGAUGAUGAUGAUGAUGAUGAUGAUGAUGAUGAUGAUGAUGAUGAUGAUGAUGAUGAUGAUGAUGAUGAUGAUGAUGAUGAUGAUGAUGAUGAUGAUGAUGAUGAUGAUGAUGAUGAUGAUGAUGAUGAUGAUGAUGAUGAUGAUGAUGAUGAUGAUGAUGAUGAUGAUGAUGAUGAUGAUGAUGAUGAUGAUGAUGAUGAUGAUGAUGAUGAUGAUGAUGAUGAUGAUGAUGAUGAUGAUGAUGAUGAUGAUGAUGAUGAUGAUGAUGAUGAUGAUGAUGAUGAUGAUGAUGAUGAUGAUGAUGAUGAUGAUGAUGAUGAUGAUGAUGAUGAUGAUGAUGAUGAUGAUGAUGAUGAUGAUGAUGAUGAUGAUGAUGAUGAUGAUGAUGAUGAUGAUGAUGAUGAUGAUGAUGAUGAUGAUGAUGAUGAUGAUGAUGAUGAUGAUGAUGAUGAUGAUGAUGAUGAUGAUGAUGAUGAUGAUGAUGAUGAUGAUGAUGAUGAUGAUGAUGAUGAUGAUGAUGAUGAUGAUGAUGAUGAUGAUGAUGAUGAUGAUGAUGAUGAUGAUGAUGAUGAUGAUGAUGAUGAUGAUGAUGAUGAUGAUGAUGAUGAUGAUGAUGAUGAUGAUGAUGAUGUUGAUCCCAGACAUCAUGAAAAUUUAUUUACUCAUCAAUAAUGAUAAAGAAGCUGCAAUCUAUCGUAUUCAACAAUUAAAUUUCGGAAUAUUUGGUAUGUCAUAA